AUGGACUCGGCACAACCCACGAGACGUAGAUCCAGCCGCCAUGGGUCAAUACAAUCGGAUGACUGGCCUGAGGAGGUCAACAUUUCGCUCUCACCACAUCGCGAGCGGAAUCAAACCAGUGGGGAGAGACGAAACACUGGAGUUAAAGUCUUGAGUGAUGGCCGGCUUGAUAUCAAGAUCGACGAGCAUAUGCCACAACUCGCAGGGUUAUUGAAUCGCAUCCAAACAACAACCGCGCCACCAGACCUAGAGGCUCUAGCGGACAAACCGACCCCGGAACCAAUACCAAAAGAUGAGGGCAAAGACUUCCCACUGAAGCUGAACAUCGUCAUUCAGGUCAUCGGAUCUCGAGGGGACAUCCAACCGUUUCUUGCGCUGGGUAAAGAGUUGAAGGCAUAUGGACACCGCGUACGGCUAGCAACCCACCUCACUUUCCGGGAAGUUGUACUUGACAGUGGAUUGGAGUUCUUCAACAUUGGUGGAGACCCCGAGGAGCUGAUGGCGUUCAUGGUCCAAAAUCCGUCCCUACUCCCCGCAUUUAGAACGAUUCGCAGCGGUGCCAUCCAAAAACGCCGGCGCGAAAUGAAGGAAAUUAUAUACGGCUGUUGGAAGUCAUGUGUCGAAACAGGUGACGGUACAGAUUUGCAUCAAAUUAAGGAGGAUCUAUGGAGUGACACGGUGGACUAUCGUCGAAGGCCAUUUGUUGCUGAUGCAAUAAUCGCUAACCCUCCCAGCUUGGGCCAUAUCCAUUGCGCACAGCGGCUGGGGAUUCCACUUCACAUGAUGUUCACAAUGCCCUGGUCGGCUACUCAAUUAUUCCCGCAUCCUUUGGCCGUUCUCCACCCGCAGGAAUGCAAGCCAACGGUUGCAAACCUCGUGUCUUAUACCGUUGUGGAUAUGAUGAUUUGGGAGGGAUUGGGAGAUCUUGUCAAUUCUUGGAGGAAGAAUUGCCUCGCACUCGAUCCGUUAGAUUCGAUCACAGCGCCAAAUUUGCCCGCGCGCCUCGGCGUCCCGUUCUCAUAUCUGUGGUCGCCGGCAUUGUUGCCAAAGCCACGCGAUUGGGCUGACCAUAUCGAUAUUUGCGGUUUCAGCGUGCUACCUGCGAAGUCAGACUACGAACCCCCUAAAGAGAUCCAAGAUUUCCUCAAAGCAGGGCCCACUCCGCUCUACGUUGGAUUUGGCUCUAUUGUGGUAGAGAACCAAGUCAAAUUAACUCAAAUAGUGUUCGAAGCAAUAAAAAACGCCGGCCAGCGUGCAAUCAUUUCAAAAGGCUGGGGAAACCUCGGAGUCGACAAUAUCGAUGUGCCAGAUAAUAUCCUUAUCGUCGGCAGCGUGCCACAUGACUGGUUAUUCCAGCAUGUAUCCUGUGUGAUCCACCAUGGUGGUGCAGGUACCACUGCCGCGGGACUUUCCCUUGGACGUCCGACCAUUGUCGUUCCCUUCUUUGGAGAUCAACAGUUCUGGGGAGGAAUCGUUGCGAUGGCGGAGGCUGGGCCGCAGCCAGUGCCUUACAAGCAACUCACAGUUGAGAAGUUGACUGCUGCAAUUCAGACGGCAUUGAAGCCUUCAACUCAACAGAAGGCACAAGUAAUUGCAGAUAAAAUGCAGAAAGAGUCCGGUGUGAAGGAUGGGGUACGCAGCUUUCAUCGGCAUCUUAAGUUGAAGACUUUGCAAUGCGCCAUAUGUCCCAAUCGUCCUGCUGUAUGGCACAUUAAGCAAACUUCCAUUGGGCUCAGUGCUUUUGCUGCAGCCGUACUGGUUGAAAUGGGGGCCAUCAAACCAGAGAAUGUUGCUUUGAACCGAGCAUCGGAAUACGACACAUACCGUAAUCCCACAGGCCCUGUCAGCGCAGGAGCUCAGGUGCUAGUUGGAGCGAUUGCAAACUUUGUGACCGGGAUUGGUGAGGUCCCUUAUGAUAUUGUUUCGGAUUUCGUCACCGCCGGUCGUGCAAUAGGUCAUACUCGUCCAUGCAGCACUACAUCAAGAUUUUCAUGGGGGAAAACACGCAGAAGUCAAGAUUCAGAUCUUGAUAGUGAGGAGGGGCAGCAGCGGUAUCAUGAGCCUGCCGAGUAUCAUGGGCCUGCUCAGUGCCGUGGACUUGGCCCACCAAAUGACGAUGAUAAUGACGGGGUCGCCCUCGACACGAACGACAACGAAGAAGACAAUGUGAGACACAACAAAAUGAACGAAAAUUUACCAGCUAGUGCCACUGGCCAGAGACAAGGUAUACCUAUUACACAGGAAGAACUGUUAUGUCAUCUACAGUCACGCAAGGGGCAAGGUGUUAUUUACGAGAUACGCAGUCACAGCAGUCGAAUGUCGAAAAAGUUCUUGAAGAACCUACUCUGGCUCCCAACAGACCUGACCCUUAGCUUGUCCAAAGGGUUCCACAACGCUCCGAAGCUGUACCACGACGAAAUGGUCAAAGAAUUGCCGAAGGUUAUCGGCUUCCGGAGUGGGAUCGCUGCUGCCGGGACGGAACUUCGAGAUGGAUUUUACUACGGUAUCACAGGCCUGGUCACCCAGCCUCAGUAUGGUGCCAAGCAGCAAGGAGCGAAAGGAAUGGUAAAGGGAAUCGGGAAAGGGAUUGGCGGUGUUUUCUUUAAACCACCAGCAGGUCUCUGGGGACUCUUUGGAUAUCCCUUGGUUGGGCUUCGCAGAAAGCUUCAAAAGUCCUUAGGCAGGAGUCAGGAGCUCUCUAUUAUGGCAUCUCGGAUAGCGCAGGGCCUUGAAGACAUGCGGGCAUCCACUCCCGAUGAACGGGCAGAGGUUGCUAGGAAAUGGAAGCUUCUUGAAGAGGACAUUCGUGCCUCUUACUGA